CGUAUGGACAUAAAAAGUAGAGAGACAACAGAAAAAAAUGGCGAGUCGACACAAAAUGUAAUAAAUACAAGAAAUUGGCCACAACAAAUGACAAUAUGGAUUACACAUUUCUGUAAAUAUGCAACGUAAAUCUCGAUGAGGACAGGAAUCUUUAAGAGUGUAUUGGCUUCUCUGUUUUAAACAAUAUUCUAUGUAAACAUUGUGAAAAACUUAUAGUCUUAAUGUAUAUAUUAUUGUUUUGGAGUAUUGUAUUUACUUUUUAUGUGACUGACUCGUUUUCUAUUCACAUGUUGCAAUGUAAAUUUCUUUCACAUGUUUUUAUUUUACAAAAGCAAAUGCGAUGUUAAACCAAUCAUUUGUAUGUUAGUUUUCUUUGAGUCCUUGUAUCUUGCAAUUCCACUGGAUUGUAAAAUAAUUGAAAAUGUAAAAUAAUAAAUGAGUUUUAGAUAUUUAGAGCUUUUUAUAAUUGAUCCAAAUCAACUCGUUACUUGGACGGAUCAAUUCAGAAAAAAACAUGCGUGAAUGUAUCUCGAUUCACAUCGGACAAGCAGGAUGUCAAAUGGGAAAUGCUUGUUGGGAAUUGUAUUGUUUAGAACACGGUAUUCAACCUGAUGGUCAAAUGCCAAGUGAUAAAACAAUUGGUGGUGGUGAUGAUUCUUUCAAUACUUUUUUCAGUGAAACUGGAAGUGGACAACAUGUCCCUCGAGCUAUCUUUGUUGAUUUGGAACCUACUGUAGUUGAUGAAGUUCGUACAGGAACAUAUCGCCAUUUGUUUCAUCCAGAACAGCUCAUCACUGGUAAAGAAGACGCUGCUAAUAAUUAUGCACGUGGUCACUACACAUUGGGAAGAGGGAUAAUUGAACAAUGUGCAGACCGUAUUCGAAAAAUGUCAGAUGUUUGUUCUGGUCUACAAGGAUUUCUGGUGUUUCAUUCCUUUGGUGGUGGUACUGGAUCUGGAUUCACAUCACUUCUCAUGGAACGCCUUUCUGUUGAUUAUGGGAAGAAGUCCAAAUUGGAAUUUGCAAUUUAUCCUGCUCCACAUUUGUCCACAGCUGUUGUGGAGCCAUACAAUUCUGUUUUAACGACACACACAACACUCGAGCACUCCGAUUGUGCUUUCAUGAUGGACAACGAAGCCCUCUAUAAUAUAUGUCAAAGAUACCUAGACAUUGAACGACCCUCAUAUGCUAAUUUGAAUCGACUCAUUAGUCAAGUCGUGUCAUCAGUCACUGCCUCUCUUCGAUUUGACGGAGUUCUCAAUGUUGAUUUGACUGAAUUCCAAACCAAUCUUGUACCGUACCCCCGUAUUCAUUUUCCUCUUGUCAGCUACGCGCCAAUAAUAUCCACAGAAAGGGCAUAUCACGAGAAACUCAGUGUGGGAGAACUAGCUACUUCUUGCUUUGAGCCACAAAAUCAAAUGGUAACAUGUCGCCCAGGAUCUGGCAAAUAUAUGGCAUGUUGUAUGCUGUUUCGAGGAGAUGUGACACCGAGGGAUGUCAAUGCAGCCAUUGCCAACAUCAAAACAAAGCGAACAAUCCAAUUUGUUGACUGGUGUCCUACAGGCUUCAAGGUUGGAAUCAACUAUCAACCACCAACUGUUGUUCCUGGUGGAGAUCUUGCCAAAGUACAAAGAGCUGUAUGUAUGUUGAGCAACAGCACUGCCAUUGCAGAAGCUUGGGCUCGUUUGGAUCAUAAAUUUGAUUUGAUGUAUGCUAAACGUGCUUUUGUCCAUUGGUAUGUUGGAGAAGGUAUGGAAGAAGGUGAAUUUUCAGAAGCUCGUGAAGAUAUGGCGGCGUUGGAAAAAGAUUACGAAGAAAUUUGCGCUGUUACACCAAAUGGUGAAGAAGAGGAUGAAUAUUGAACCUUUAAAGUAUAUAAACACUUUGAGUAAAUGAAGUUUUGCACGAAGUUCUUAAAACUCCAUUAACUUUCGCGAAGUAAGCAAAUCAAAAUAUUUACUGAGAAUGAAAUUCUGCGAAUUUUACGAAAAAAGUAUUGUAAUAACGUUUUUCUCUUUAUUACUCGAGUACCGUUUUUAAGGGCUUUUAUGUAGACUGCUGAAGUUGGAAUUUAUUAUUUAUUAUUAUAAAUGCCGUAUAAACCUGGAGAUAAGAAUGGUGUAAAUAAUUUUGCGGAAGACAGAAAGAAAUCCGAAA